UGCUUUUAGACAAUGAAGGAAGCAUGAUGUGAAUGAUGUGAUUUAGAAUGAAACCAAAGUGUUCGCUGUAAAAUUCUGCUGAUGCCUUUUAAGUUAUACUUUAGUAUCUUUACUUUUUAAUAUACUUAGUACUUGUUAGAAAAGUGAAUAUAUAUUUGUUUUUGUUUUUUUUUUUGUUUUUUUUGUAAUUUGCUUUUUUAAACCACAUAAAUAAUCAGAUAAUAUUUUUGAAUCAUGCAUCUGGGAUUGUUUUUACUCAGAUACUCUGCUGUUCAGAUCAGACAGCAUGUCGGAUCUCUUCACUGGGUCAUUCCGACAUCCUCCUGCCUUUCUAGAGGGUUCCACGUGACUGCCAGUAGAAGGACGUAUGAUGUCAGGAAAGUGGAACUGACUCCACUGGAGCAAAGAAAACUGACCUUCGACAGUCAUUCUGUGGUCAAAGAGCUGGAAUCAAACGAAAUAAGGAGAGUUCUGAAGAAGCUGUAUGCUAGGUUUGUGUGUUGUUUAACACCACAAGCUCCAUUUUGUGUAGGGUUUGAAAAGAAGCAGGCAGAGUUGAUUGUCAGUGCGCUGGUCACUCUCACAACAGCCAACAUGGACAUUGUGUACAGGGACAUGGUAACAGGAGCUCAUCAGGAAAUUGCUCUCCAGCAAAUUAUGGCUCAUCUGGAUUCCAUUAGGAAGGACAUGGUUAUUCUGGAGAAAAGUGAAUUUUCCAACUUGAGAUCGGAAAACGCAGUAUGUUACUUGCGGAAAAUGAAGACUGAACUUGAGCAGAUCAAGAACAGAUUGCUUGAGGAGAGUCAAAAAAUCAGAGCAGACACAAAGUUGGAUAUUAAUCUUGAGCGAAGUCGAGUAAUCGACAUGUUUACAGAGCAUGAGAAAAAACUGAUGGAGGUCAGCUCUGAGUUUCACCAAAAGAAUGCCGAAAUCGAAUCCAGUGCAAUUGAUACCAUUAAGAAAAUAGAUAUCGAAGUGGCUUCACUGAAAACACUCCUGGAAUCACUGAAGCUCCAGACGAUCCGAUAUCUUGCAGUGUGCAUCUUCUCCUGUUUGGCAGUUGGUCUUGGUGUCUACAGAUCAUGGAAUUAAAAUAAAUCUCUUUUAUGUUAUAGUUGAUCAUGUAAAAUGAGUACAUUUUGGUAAGCAAAAUCUGUUAAAUCAACAUGUCUUCCUUGUUUUAUUUUCCCUGGUGAUUUUAAUAAAAAAUUUCAAUAAAUUA